GAUAGGAAAACAGGAGACGACCAUUCCGAUCAGAUACACGGAAUUGUUCGUAGAACCCUCUGCGGCAGCUAAUCUUAUUCCCCAAGCGAUUUCUGUUGUAACAUCCGCUGGUGACAAGCGCAAUGACGCAGAGAGUGUCGCUCUCGCCGAGCCAGCAUCCUCGCCACAAUCUGAGCACCUGCCUUCUCCUCCUCUCCCUCCUCGUCUUCUCGUCUCUCCACGCCACGUUGGCCUUUCGCUCCUCCGCGGGGCUCCGCGUGGACAAGCUGCGCGGAAUGAUGCGCGGAAAGAUGCAAGGCGGACGCUCGACCGGACAGCAGCAGCAGCAGCAGGGCGGAGGAAUUGGCGGAGGAGGUAUGGACGGCGGCGGAAUGGGCCGGGGGGGAAUGGGUGGCGGCGGAACGGGUGGCGGCGGAAUGGGUGGCGGAGGAAUGGGCGGCGGCGGAAUGGGCGGCGGCAGAAUGGGCGGCGGCGGAUUGGGUGGCGGUGGAAUGGGCGGCGGUGGAAUGGGCGGCGGCGGAAUGGGCGGGGGCGGAAUGGGAGGCGGCGGAAUGGGCAGCAGCGCAACAGGCGGCGGCGGAAUGGGCGGAGGUGGAAUGGGCGGUGGGGGAAUGGGCGGAGGCAUGGGUGGUGGAACGGGAGGGCGUGGCUCAGGGUCUUCUGCUCCAGGGUCGCAGGCAGCACCCGGCGGAAUCAGCAGCGGCAGAAUGGGUGGUGGAGGAAUGGGCGGCGGCGGAAUGAGCGGCGGCGGAAUGGGCGGGGGUGGAAUGGGAGGCGGCGGAAUGGGCGGAGGCGGAAUGGGCGGAGGCGGAAUUAGCGGCGGCGGAAUGGGCGGCGGCGGAACGAGCGGCGGCGGAACGAGCGGCGGCGGGAUGGGCGGCGGCGGAAUGGGCGGGGCGGAAUGGGUGGCGGCGGAACGGGCGGCGGCGGGAUGGGCGGUGGCGGAAUGGGCGGGGGCGGAAUGGGUGGCGGCGGAACGGGCGGCGGCGGGAUGGUCGGCGGCGGAAUGGGCGGAGGCGGUAUGGGCGGCAGCGGGAUGGGCGGCGGCGGGAUGCGCGGCGGCGGGAUGGGCGGCAGUGGGAUGGGCGGCGGCGGAAUGGACGGAGGAGGUAUGGGCGGCGGCGGGAUGGGCGGAGGCGGAAUGGGCGGAGGUGGAAUGGGCGGUGGGGGAAUGGGCGGAGGCGGAAUUGGCGGAGGUGGAAUGGGCGGUGGGGGAAUGGGCGGAGGCAUGGGUGGUGGAACGGGAGGGCGUGGCUCAGGGUCUUCUGCUCCAGGGUCGCAGGCAGCACCCGGCGGAAUUAGCAGCGGCAGAAUGGGUGGUGGAGGAAUGGGCGGCGGAGGGAUGGGUGUCGGAUGGGCGGCGGGGAAUGGGCGGAGGGAUGGGCGAUGGCGGAAUGGGCGGCGGAGGUAUGGAUGGCUCCGGCUCGUUUGCUCCAGGGUCGCUGGCAGCACCCGUACUGGGCGGAUCUGGGAUAGGCAGCGGGAUUGGAGGAGGCAUGGGCGGACCUGGUGGGAGCAUGGGCGAACCUGGGGGCAGCAUGGGCGGACCUGGGGGCAGCAUGGGUGGACCUGGGGGCAGCAUGGGCGGACCUGGGGGCAGCAUGGGCGGACCUGGGGGCAGCAUGGGCGGACCUGGGUCAUCUGCUCCCGGAUCAGAAGGAGCCAUGAGUCAUGGGGGGAGCAUGGGCGGAGGCAUGGAUGGGGGUAUGGGAGGAGGCAUGGAUGGGGGUAUGGGCGGAGGCAUGGAUGGGGGUAUGGGCGGAGGCAUGGAUGGUGGUAUGGGCGGAGGCAUGGGGCGUUGAAUGGACAAAUGGAAGAAAAAAUUGCGAAGUGGACUGAUGCUCGCGACUUCUUUGGAGAUUAGGCAACGGUUGUAGGGGCCUCAGUCGCUUUGCGGGGCUCACAAUCACUGCCAGAACUUGGCCGCAGCAGCCCUGACAGUGACAGGCGCACGGAACUGUCUGUCGGUGCUGCUUCGUCCAAGAUCUUGACAGUCGGUGCAGUGCAGCCACUUGUGUAGUCACAUCGCCUUUCAUAAGAUCUAGUCUUUGAACAAAUGUGAUACCUCUCUGUGUUUUGGAAAAUGUGCGCUUUUUAUCCCCUCUCUUCCCGCUGAAGCAGAAGGAUGCUAGCUGUUAUGUAACAUCAUGAGAGAAAAACGAUAAGGUACAUUAUGUUAUGUCAUUAUUUCACAA